CUUCUAGAAAGUUCCUUGAAGACAAUGGACAAUGACUUAGAGCUCAGGAAGGUGAAGUGGGUGAAGGGGCCUGCACUGCCCAUACAGGGUCUUGGCUCCCCUUGAAGCGCGCGCUUCAUGGCUACACUUGAGCCUGAGCCCUCACGAAGCCGGCAAUGACAAGUCUGAAUGGUCGCCAUGCCGAGAAAACCAUUGACAUGCCAAAACCAUCAGCCCCCAAAGUGCACGUGCAGAGGUCCGUGUCCCGAGAUACCAUCGCCAUUCAUUUCUCGGCAUCCGGGGAGGAGGAGGAGGAAGAGGAGGAGGAGUUCAGGGGGUACCUGGAGGAGGGGCUAGAUGACCAAAGCAUUGUAACGGGCCUUGAAGCCAAGGAGGACCUGUAUCUUGAAACCCAGGGUGGCCAUGACCCUGUGGGCCCUGCUGCCACCACCAUCCUGGCAGAUGGACUGUCUGUAUCCGAGACCCCUGCCAUUUUGCCCGUCUCCGAGAACACUGUAAAGCUGCUGGAGUCCCCGGCUCCAGCAGUACAAGUAUUAAGUACAGUGCCACUGGCUCUGUCCCCAGGGUCCUCUUCAUCCGGGCCCUUAGCUAGCUCUCCCAGUGUGUCAUCCCUUUCUGAACAGAAAACCAGUUCUUCGUCCCCAUUGUCGUCCCCUUCCAAGUCUCCCGUCCUUUCGUCCAGUGCCUCGUCCUCUGCCCUUUCCAGUGCGAAGCCCUUCAUGAGCCUGGUGAAGUCCCUGUCAACCGAGGUGGAGCCAAAAGAAUCCCCCCAUCCCCCACGGCACAGGCACUUGAUGAAGACUCUGGUCAAGUCCCUGUCCACAGACACUUCUCGCCAGGAGUCGGAUGCCGUGUCCUAUAAGGCCCCUGACUCCAAACUCAAUCUGCACCUGUUCAAACAGUUCACACAGCCACGGAACACGGGUGGAGACUCCAAGACUGCGCCUUCUUCCCCACUGACUUCUCCCUCUGACACUCGCUCCUUUUUUAAAGUGCCCGAAAUGGAGGCGAAAAUCGAAGACACUAAACGCCGCCUUUCCGAAGUCAUCUAUGAGCCCUUCCAGCUCCUCAGCAAAAUCAUCGGGGAGGAAAGUGGCAGCCACAGGCCCAAAGCCUUAUCUUCAAGUGCUUCAGAACUCUCCAAUCUGUCCAGCUUGAAUGGGCACUUGGAAAGCAAUAACAACUACAGCAUCAAGGAGGAGGAGUGUGACUCCGAGGGAGAAGGCUACGGCAGUGACUCCAACGCCCCCAGGAGCGACCACCCGAAGCCCCCCGAGGACGCUGUGAAGGAAGUGGAGCCCAAGGGUUCCCAGGGGAGCGGUCUGAAGGAUUUAGGCCUGAAGACAAGUUCUCUCGUUCUUGAGAAAUGUUCUCUGUCUGCCUUAGUGAGCAAAGAGGACGAAGAGUUCUGUGAACUGUACACUGAGGACUUUGAGCUGGAGACUGAGGGCGAGGGGAGACUUGAUAAGCCCCUAGAUGUCCCCCUCAAGCCAGAGGUGCUUGCCGACGAUGGCGUGGUUCUGGACAGCGAGGACGAAGCGGACUCGGCCACCCAGCUCCAGGAGUUACCAGUGAAGACGCUGGGCUUCUUUAUAAUGUGUGUCUAUGCGUACCUCAUCCUCCCCCUCCCCUACUACAUGAGUGGACUCUUCCUGGGCAUUGGCCUUGGAUUCAUGACUGCUGUUUGCAUGAUCUGGUUUUUUACACCACCAAGUGCUCAUACAUACCAUAAGUCACAUAAAACUCUGCGACACUGGAACACGAGAUCCCUGGACAUCAAAGAGCCUGAAAUACUAAAGGGAUGGAUGAACGAGAUCUACAACUAUGAUCCAGAAACUUACCAUGCAACUUUGACACACUCAGUCUUUGUCCGGCUUGAGGGUGGAACCUUAAGACUUUCAAAACCCAACAAAAACAUAUCCAGGAGGGCAAGCUACAAUGAAACGAAGCCAGAGGUCACCUACAUCAGCCAGAAAAUCUACGACCUCUCAGACAGCAAGAUUUAUCUUGUACCUAAAAGUCUGGCUCGCAAACGAAUCUGGAAUAAAAAGUACCCCAUUUGUAUCGAGCUUGGUCGGCAAGAUGACUUUAUGUCCAAGGCUCAGACGGAUAGGGACACUGGUGAGGAGAAGCCACCUGCUGAGAAAGAGCUGGCGAGUGAAGACAUUAAGAAGCCACCCCAGCCUCAAGAGGGGACGAAGUCUAGCCAGAGAGACCUGACCCUGUAUCUGUUUGGGAGAACUGGCCGGGAAAAGGAGGAGUGGUUUAGGAGGUUCAUCCUGGCAUCUAAACUGAAGUCAGACCUCAAGAAGCUGCCUGGGGUUUCUGGAAGUAAAUCAGGGCUUUUGCCCACCCACAGCAGACACGGCAGUCCCUCGGGGCACCUGACCCAUAGCCGAAGCAGCAGCAAAGGCAGCGUGGAGGAGAUGAUGUCCCAGCCCAAACAGAAGGAGCUGGUGGGCAGCGUGCGGCAGAAGGUGCUCCUGGACUACAGUGUGUACAUGGGCAGGUGUGUGCCCCAGGACGAGCGAAGCCCCCACAGGAGCCCUGUGCAGAGUGCGGAGAGCAGCCCCACAGCUGGGAAGAAGUUGCCAGAGGCCCCACCCUCUGAGGAGGAAGAGCAAGAAGCCUGGGUGAAUGCCUUGCUUGGAAGAAUAUUUUGGGACUUCUUAGGCGAGAAAUACUGGUCUGAUCUGGUGUCAAAGAAAAUCCAGAUGAAACUCAGCAAAAUUAAGCUCCCCUACUUUAUGAAUGAGCUAACACUGACAGAACUUGACAUGGGUGUGGCUGUGCCAAAAAUCCUUCAGGCCUUCAAGCCUUAUGUUGAUCACCAAGGACUCUGGAUCGAUUUGGAAAUGUCUUACAACGGGUCCUUUCUGAUGACUCUCGAGACCAAAAUGAACUUGACCAAACUAGGUAAAGAGCCUCUUGUUGAAGCCCUGAAGGUUGGAGAAAUUGGCAAAGAAGGUUGCAGGCCCAGGGUAUACUGUCUGGCCGACAGUGAUGAAGAAUCCUCCAGUGCCGGCUCCUCUGAGGAAGAUGAUGCACCAGAGCCCAGUGCUGGAGACAAACAGCUGCUCCCCGGGGCUGAAGGGUAUGUUGGAGGUCAUCGAACAAGUAAAAUUAUGAGGUUUGUUGAUAAAAUUACCAAGUCAAAAUAUUUCCAAAAAGCAACGGAGACGGAGUUCAUCAAAAAGAAGAUUGAAGAAGUCUCUAAUACACCCCUGCUGCUAACCGUGGAAGUGCAAGAAUGUCGAGGGACCUUGGCGGUCAACAUUCCACCACCCCCGACCGACCGCAUAUGGUAUGGUUUCCGGAAGCCACCGUACGUGGAGCUGAAAGCGCGGCCUAAGCUUGGAGAGAGGGAAGUGACUUUGGUUCAUGUGACGGAGUGGAUAGAGAAGAAACUGGAGCAAGAGUUUCAGAAAGUUUUUGUCAUGCCAAACAUGGAUGAUGUUUAUAUCCCUAUAAUGCACUCGGCCAUGGACCCUCGCUCCACUUCCUGCCUCCUGAAAGACCCCCCUGUGGAGGCCUCUGACCAGCUGUGAUGGGUGAAAAUGGGACAUUCCCAGUAUGAGACCUAGCUUGAGGUGUGGCAUUUGUGGCUGCCAUCUGUGCUGUGGGGCUGGCCUUUACUGGUCCACAGCCACUGUCUCUUAAAGGACUGCUUCUGCCCUCUGCCUGCGGUGCCCAUUCCACUGUGAGGUGGCGUUCCCUGCACCCGGUGACUGGUGUCUGGUUGUCUGUUGCAAAGCUUGGACUGGCAAAGGAGACUGGAAGAACCAUCGUGGUGGGGCCAGAAGUUACAGUUGACUAACACCGUGGCUUGCUUUUCUUUUCUUUUUUUUUUUUUUAAGUCUACCAGGUUUUGUGGCAACAAGAGUACUUUUGGAUCGAGCUGUACAGCUGGAAGCCUUCUCCUUGCCUCUUGAUUCCUCCAAAGCUUUUCCUCAGGCAGCUGGUGCACAAUGGAACAUUUUUCCACUCUACACUUUGUACGCAUGAUUGCAGCCCUCCACACUUGAAGAAUGUCACUGUGGUAACCUGUGUGGAGUGUGGUUUUGUGAGCCAUUUCAUUGGUGGUAGAUAGGCAUAGCAACUCUUUUUCAUAUUAAAUUGUGCAUUUUGGAAGCAAGUAGCCAUAGGACACACACCCACAAACACACUUUCAGCUGGGGCGGGGACAGUGGGUUUCAUGUGAACAUCAGGCAAAGCCAUGAGAUCAAACUAUCCCAAAUGAGGUACAAUCGCCUUGCUUCUAACCAAUCCUGAUAAUGUCCCGGAGACAUGAGCAUAUGUGACAAUAUCACACACUGCACACAAUGACUGAUUGUUCCUCCCUGGUACUGAUGGAAUGGGGCCAGAAAGCCGGAGCCAAGCUGUUCUUUUCUGGUUUUCUGUGUGCUCCAGGAAGCCUCAUGUGGGAUGGGAGGGCCUUAUUCAUCUAACUGGUUUGGGAGGUUUGUGGGCAGUCCCCUUCUCUGAUGGCCAAAGGAGGACUGUUUACUUCCUAGUCAGCGUCAAGCACUACAUUUCCACGUGCACUUGUGACCUUUCUUUAAUGUUGCCAACUUAAGUUUGUGCAUUGUGUCAGAAUGUUUAGUUUACAAAUUGGGGCUCUAAUUGCUUAAUUUGCUUUGAGAAGACCUAAUACAAUUUUGUUCAAAGCUGCAUCCAAUAUCAGAAUUACCUUGGGUAACUUUUGAUAAUUUAAUGUCCCUGGACAGAGCUAAUAGUGUUUUUUUUUUUUAAACAGCACCUUGCCUGAAGAUGACUUUAAAGAAAUUAAUAUAUUAAAAAAUUAUAUUUGAACCUUUGAUUAUUUUAGUCAUCCCAUUAAAACAUGACAGAUUAUUUGAUCAUUCCAGUCAAUGUACUGCCCUAAUUACUCAUUGUAUAGGCCAGUUUGCCUAUCAGAGUCCACAUGUCUUGUUCACUGUUCCUUUUCUGUGCAGUAGCAACUGAAGGCGAAAGACUAGAAAGAAGCACUACAGUGUAAAGAGAUUACACGACUGUACCGUCGCACUUAAAAUAUAGUAUGUGGGGACUUACAAUCGCAUUGUUUCACAAAAUAAACAUCUCAUGUCAAA